AUGCCUCCGAAACGAGCGCGCGAGACCGCCCAGAGCGUCGCCCAGGACUCGCGCGUCGACCAGGACUUGCGAUGCAAGAUCCCCGUCGCGCUCAUCGUGAAGCUCGGUGGCGCGGCCAUCACGAUCAAGGACGGACGCGAGAAUCUCGACGAGAAGACGCUAGACGCGUGCGUCGCUUCCAUCGCCGCCGUGCACGAACACGAGUGUAAACUCCAGGCGGAGAAACCAAACUACGUCCGAAAGGGGAUCGUCGUCGUCCACGGCGCGGGGUCGUACGGCCACGGCGUCGCGAAGGACUUCCUCGUCGCGGAAGGCACGAGGGCGGCGAUGCGAGACAAUCGACAGCUCGGCGUGGGUCUCGCAAAGACGCGACUGUCCGUCACGAAACUGAACCACAUCGUGACGUCCAAACUCGUGGAGAAGGGCAUCGCCGCGGUGGGGAUGUCCCCAUUCGGGGCGUGGAGCACGUCGGGGAAAACGAUGAUCUCGGCGGGGAUCAAGGCGGUGAACGAGGCGCUCGCGGCUGGCCUCGUUCCGGUCGUUCACGGCGACGCCGUCUUAGAUGAACAGCAGGGAUGCUGCAUCUUGUCCGGAGAUACGAUAAUGGAAGAACUGUGCGGGUAUGUUAAGUGCGACAGGGUCGUCUUCUUGACGAAUACCCUGGGCGUGUUCGACAGACCGCCGGAGGAUCACUAUAAGCUUUGGCGCGGCGAAGGAAGUCGCCCGCCGUUGGAUUUUCCGAAUGAAGAAUGGGAAGAAGCAACGAAACUACUGAUAGAGAUCGUGACGUUUAAAAGAAACCACCAAAACAGUAUUUCAUGGGUGGUGAGGAAUACUGGUUCGUCAUUAACGGGUCUAUUUGACGACAGUCAAGAAAUGGAAGGGUCGUAUCAACGAAUCAUCGGCGAAGGAGAGAAGGGGAUAAGCAUGGCGGAAAUCGAGACGUCGACGUCGGCGAACGAUGUCACAGGUGGCAUAAAUACGAAGAUAGAAAGCGCUGUGUCCAUUGCACAUUACCGGGAUGUAAGCGUGUACAUCGCCGCGGCGGGUACGAGACAUGGUGACGCCGCGAUCAGGGGAAAGGUAUUGACGAAAGGCGGUCCAGACGCGAACGAUCUGACCAUAGAAGAGUUGGACGGUUAUCAGUGGUUCGGCACGUUCAUUCGCAAGGCUCAGCCGGGAGAGCCCGACUACGUCCGGCCUAUAGUCACUGCCCGCAAGUGUCUGACUCGUUUAGAUGAUCGAUUAUAG